AUGCUCUUCAUCCAUAUGCGCGCAAACCGAGUUGCAAACUCAUCGAAUCUCUUUGAUAUGCUGAAUCGGGCCACAGAAGGAGAUGGUACAAUUACCACACGUGACCUUGGGAUUGUAAUGCGGUCACUGGGAGAGACACCCUCAGAAGCCGAAAUCCAGGACAUGCUCAACGAGAUCGACCCAGACGGAAGUGGCACGAUUAACUUUCCUGAUUUCCUCACAAUGAUGGCACGAAGGAUGAAGGCUGACGACGUGGAAGAUGAAAUCAGACAAGCGUUUGAGGUCUUUGCCAGGGACGGGACUGGGCUUAUCUCUAUUGGCGAGUUGCGACAUAUCAUGAUACACCUUGGAGAGAAAUUAACCGACGAGGAGGCAGACGAGUUGUUGCGAGAGGCAGACGCUGAUGGCGAUGGCUAUAUCAACUAUGAAGAAUUUGCUAAGAUGCUUGGGAAAUAA